AUGAAGGUAUAUGAUCUCCAACUGGAAACGAUCAAUGGAGACCCGUCGUACACCGCGAUAUCAAACCCGAAAACGUAUUGGUCCUCGAUUGUCAUCAAACUCGGCGACUUUGAGCUCUCACAGUUCUUCGAGACACAGGAACCAUGGUAUUUGUGGAAGUUCUGGUGGACUCCGCUGUACUGGCUGCCAGAGCAGACGUUCACAGAAUCGGAGGGAACACCGGAAGGUGACGUGUGGGCAAUCGAUAACUACAUCAAUACACACGAGCCCCUAAGUCUGUCUGGGCACAUUAAUGGAAUGAAGUUCUAUUGGGAGGCGAUAACGCCCAGGAAGGCGUACGCCAUCAACUGUAGUGAUGACGAGCACGAGCCUUACACCCACACCUUAAAUGAUUACCGUAUAUCGGCAUUGAAACCAAGGACACUAAGCAACAGUAGGAGUCUUAGGAGACAAAUCGAGGAUGCCUACACCAAAAUGGUGGAGGCCAACAAGGAUCAGUGGGAUCAAGAAAAUGAAGACCUGGAGCUUGCAAUCUAUGGUUGGGUGGUACAUGAUCCGACUGGUUCGGAUGUUUGCUUUCUUUGGGACGAUACAAAGCCUAAAAGAACGUCGAGCUCACUCUUUGUCGAGCUUGGGUUAGAAGUAAUUCCAACCGUUACCCCUUAUCCUGAUAAGCACAUUAAUUUCAAAUUUGGAGUCUUAAUCGUGCGCUCGAUGUCGUUGAGCCCGUUGUGGGGCCUGAUUGGACAGACGACUUCAUUCAUGCAGGCCGAGCAGGUUCAAUUUGAUAGGUUGAAGCGAUCUCCACAGCAUUUUUAUGCUACGGCAGGGCUCCCAGUUGUUCGGGGAAUAAUUUGGUGUGAGACAGCCCUCCAUCGGGAUGUAAUUGAUUCUAGACGCAUAAAUAUAUUUGGUCCACUUGAUGAAGUCUGUCAUGAGACACUAUUUGCACCCACUCCUUUAGCAAUCAACUCAGUUGCUCAGGGCCUUGGCGCUCCAAAACGCUUCACAGCCACCCUUCGCGGGCUAUCAAAAGUGGUUUGCUCCGUGUGCACAUGGUCUUUGAAGGGCAAGUCAGCAAUUCUGGAGCCAUGCAGUCCCAAUAAUUCGCCAUCAAGCACAUACACUACUGCAAAGUGUCUUAAACCUAGUGCAGACCUAAAUGAAAUUCAUAAAGCGCUCCUCCCCGCCCUUCACUGUGGCCCAGAAUGGAAUUCAAAGCGCCCCAAACAGAAUAUCACCACUACCAGGAAUCGAACCAUCAAGCUUAAAAAAAUAUGGCAAGAAAAUAAUGCAGUCCUGCUAAUCAGGCAAGUCACCACUUUGCCAUCAUCAGGGGAAACCCAUCUAUCUACUAAGGAAAUAACAAUUGACAAUUUUGAAAAUAAUUCGACUCAGCGCAAGGGGCGAAACGCCGAGUUUCUAGACAUUAUUUUGGGUGGCACGGUGAGUGGGUCUGCAUGCCAUCUUCUGCCCCGGCCUACAUCGUAUGACAAGGCUGGUGUAAGGUUUGCAACCUCAGGUUAUGGUUCUUCUAGCACCUGUUCUGACGAUGCGGUUCUCUUAGUCAUUGAUAGUCCCCCCAAACCUCCCCCUAAACCCGCACAGCAUGACACUCCGCUGCAUAGCAAGGCCACUCAACACCGUCGCGCCCACACCUUAAACGGAUCCACAGAUGACAACAUAGCAACCACUCAAACCCAUUCACGCCCUCGACAGUUUGGCAUCUCCACCGCACCACCGAAACGAACACCAACAACACUUGUGCAGAAUGCGGCAGCGUGA